GGGACUCCAGGAUCAUGCUCUGGGUUGAAGGCAGUGCUAAACCGCUGAGCCACCCAGGCUGCCCUGGUCUAUUUUGGUUUUCAAAUAAUAGAUCUUUUAGUAUGUCAACAAGAAUGCUAAGUUUGUAUUAACAUCUAGAGGUCACCUGCAGUGCAAUUAAGUUAGCACUAUAUAAUUAAAAAUUACAUAUCUGGGUGCAAAGCUUUUUUAGCUCAAUGUUAGGGCAGGAAUGAGAUUCUAAUCCUUACAGGAAUAGGGUUCACAGCUCUGGACUCUGUCAGGUUUAUCCUUCUAUCCCUAACAUCCAGUCUAGUGCUAAAGCACAUGGUAGGAAUUCUGUAAAUAUUUGUGGAUUGAAUAAAUUUCUGCCGAUAGAAUUCAGCACUGUAUAUUUAGAUGUGAUGUGUACUGAUUUCCAGAGUCCUGGAAGAGGGUUUGUUUGGGGUCUUCAGGGAUGGGAAGACUGUCUUCAGAUUGUUUAACUCUGUAAAGGCCAAUAGUUUGAGUAUUUGACUGACUGGUCAUAAAGUAAUUGAGGAAAACUGUAAGCCAAACUUUAAUUUAGUUCUACCAGCGGGAAGAAUUUGUUUACAAUCUCCAGUAGUGCUCUUUUAGUACUGUGGAGCUUCAAAAAUAUUAGGAUAUGUCAUUUUUGCCCACCUCUCUCCCCAGAUACAUAGAACAUGAAUGUGUAUCUGGGGGAGAAUCCUCCUCUAAAUCCAAAAGAAUUAGAAACCAGUGAAAUAUGGCAUUGAUAAUGUUUCCUCAAGUUCAUGUACUGAUUAAAUAAACCAGCAAAAUAUAUGUGGGGAAUGUGUUCAAAUUUUUUGAUUUAAGAAGUUGCAGUAAAAGCUAGCUGAAUUCUUUGGAGACUGUUUUCAAUCUUCACCAGAGAGAUCUGCGUAAAAUACCUACUUCUAUAUUAUUAACGGCAACAUCCAUAGUAGUGUAAAAACUUUCAUAAUGAAAUCCGAAGCCAAGGAUGGAGAGGAGGAGAGUCUACAAACUGCUUUCAAGAAAUUAAGAGUGGAUGCAUCAGGGUCCAUAGCAUCUCUGUCUGUUGGAGAAGGCACAAAUGUCAGAGCAUCAGUCAGAACGGCAGCAGAUGAUACCAAACCGAAAACCACAUGUGCAUCUAAAGACAGUUGGCAUGGGUCUACAAGGAAGUCUUCACGAGGAGCAGCGAGAACCCAGCGUCGUCGACGUUCUAAGUCUCCUGUCCUUCAUCCUCCAAAGUUUAUACAUUGCAGUACAAUAGCUGCUUCUUCCAGCAGCCAGCUCAAGCACAAAAGCCAGACUGACUCCCCUGAUGGCAGCAGUGGGCUGGGAAUUUCCACCCCUAAAGAGUUCAAUUCAGGAGAAUGCUCUACUUCUCUCGAUACUAAUCACACAGGGGCAGUUGUUGAGCCUUUGAGAACUUCGGUUCCCAGGCUCCCAUCAGAGAGUAAGAAGGAAGACUCCUCUGUUGCUACUCAAGUCUCCCAAGCAAGUCUCAAGGCCAAUGAUCUCUCUGACUUUCAAGCGGUUUCCAGGCUAAACCAGGGCAAGCCAUGUGCAUGCAUAGGCAAGGAGUGCCAGUGUAAGAGAUGGCAUGAUAUGGAAGUGUAUUCCUUUUCAGGCCUGCAGAGUGUCCCUCCCUUGGCCCCAGAACGAAGAUCCAUGCUUGAGGACUACUCUCAGUCACUGCACACCAGAACUCUCUCUGGCUCCCCCCGCUCCUGUUCUGAGCAAGCUCGAGUCUAUGUGGAUGAUGUGACCAUUGAGGACCUGUCAGGCUACAUGGAAUAUUACUUGUAUAUUCCCAAGAAAAUGUCCCACAUGGCAGAAAUGAUGUACACCUGAUAGUAAGAAGCUAAUUAAUAUGCUUUAAACCAAUGAAAGGUUGUCAGAGAGAUUUAGUUAAUGGCAGACCUUGCGGCCACGUUGUGUGAGAAGACAUCUCUUCUGCUCACUGUGCUUGCAAUAAAAACUUUUCUUGGCAUCUCCGUUCAUCUUCUUCCUUUAAACUUACUCCCUGCUCUUACUCCCUGUUCUUACAUACGCACCAAGGCGAGCAGAUCAAAGGAAAAUCCCUAUCAUUUAGAAAAGUUUCUGGGAGAUGAAGAAACCGUAAUAACUUGACUGGUAGCAGUGGGUUAUAUGGUAAAAGCCUUUGUAACGCAGUGCAUUUUUCACAUCUGUUUAAGAAUUUGUUGGCCAAGGAAAAGGAAACAUUUUGUAACUGGACUGAACACUUGUCAUGCUGUAGUUGCCGGCCCAGGAUCUUAGAAGUUAUAGGACUGAUUUAACACAACUUUAUUGUGUCUUUCAGGGUUUCUUAUGUUAUUGUUAAGCCAGAGAUCUAAGGUUUAGAUUCAAUAUGAAUAAACUAGCUGGCCUGCCCUCUA